CAAUGGGAUCGAGAUGAAAGAAGUCACCACCGCUGACGAAAUGAACAGCAGUGAAUGGAGUGGUGACUUAAACCAGGAUAAUGCCUUCGAAUUUCUCUGUAUGUAUCAAUGAUUAGCUCCUUGAACGGAUCUUUACCUUAAAUGGUGACAAGGUGGAGGCUUUAAGAACAUCCGCCAGGGUUUGACUACAUUUGAUGUAUGGAGUAUGUAUGAUCAUGGAGCCGGUGUUAAAUUAGCUUGUGAAGACAUCGGUGGCAUUCGAUAGCAGGAGUGAACUGAAAAUCAUUCAUGAUUACUGUGAACAUCCGGAUUAGUCGCUAAAAGACAGUCUUCAAAAUAUCAGAAUAUGGCUAAAAUUUCACAUCGUCCUGAUCACCCAGACCAGACCAAAGUUUAGAAGCUUUCCGGGAAGCGAUCAUCAUCUUGAAACGUUUGGUACGUCGCCAUUUGAAGACAUUAUCGGCAAGUAGUACUAUCUCUCUUACCUGACACAGCCAAUUGGGUUUGUCAUAGUAGGCCUAUACAUGGUAACCGAUCUGAUGGAUACCGUCACAAACAAAGUCACCAACAGCGGCACGGAACAAACUUUCACCGACUGGUCUGCUAACGUUACAUAUUUGCCGACAAGGGCCAUCAGGACUGUGACUGGAGAGGUAACAAGCAACGAUGAUAAUCACCAAGACAGUGUCGGGUGGGUAUUUGACCCUCCUGCAAUGUCAGCUUUCAUCUUCUUCCAGGUGAUCGCUGCCAUCCUAGGUGUCGUAGGAAACACCUGUGUCUUAUUAGCGACGAGCAGAUGGAAAGCGAAGAUGAAGUCACCAACGGAUGCCUUGGUGCGUGCUCUGGCAGUUGCCGACCUCUUGACAUCCAUUCUGAUUGUACCUCACCCUUACGCCAGCUCCGUACCUGACACGAUUCUUGGCGAAUUCUACUGCAAGGUUGUCACAUCUCACAUCUUCAUGUGGACAUCUGUCGUCGCCUCGAUACUCACGAUGACUGCAAUUUCGAUCGAAAGAUACUUGGCGAUAUCACACCCUUUCUUUCACAGACGAGCGGUGACGAGGAAACGCAUAAGAGGUUUGAUAGUGACCAUAUGGAUCCUGGCUUUUCUCCUCAAUAUUAACCCACUUUUUGUGGAGUAUGUCGAUAGAGUGUCGCAUCAUUGCGUCUUUAGAUACCACCGUCGGGACUUGGCGGGAAAGAUGUUUUAUGGCGUGAUCGUCUUCGUGAUCGAAUUCAUAACACCGUCUACCAUUAUGGUGAUCACGCACGUCUUUGCGUCGCGCACACUCAACCGCGAACUUCUGCGUUUCGAUAAACAGACCAGCCAAUCAGGAACGCAGACUUUUGGGCUGUCUGCAAAGUUGGUCGUAGCAAAAAAAAGAAACAUGAAUUCACUUUUGAUAAUCUUUAUGACAUUUCUUGUUUGCUGGGCUCCUGAUCAGAUAUUCGUCUUGCUUUUCAAUUUAGGAAUAAUUGACCAUUCGCAUCUCGAAAGCCAGGCAUAUUCGUACACCGUGCUUCUAGCUUUCGUUAAUUCUUGUGCUAAUCCUAUAAUUUAUACCAUACGAUAUCCGAAGUUUAGAACUGCUAUUGCUUCAAUGUUGGCAUGCUGCAGUGGUAAGCAUGGCAUGGGAAAGGACAACAUUCCUGUGACUUAUAACUACUAG